AGCCCUCCGCUCCACAGCGCCCCCUCUGGCCAGCCGCUGCACCGCGAGGACAAGCUGAGAGCCCGCUGAGCGACUGCUGCUGAAGACAUAAUACUGCUGUCUGCACUCAGCCUGACCUGCGACUGGCAAUGGACUACACGAACAACUCCUCCAACAGCUACACCUCCGGAGACACCAUGAGCUCCUCCUUAGCCAACAUUACCAUCAGCGACCAGCACCACCAGGAGAAUGGCAUCAUGAAAGAGCCUGAAGCAGCUGUCAGUGAAAACGAAGCUCAACCUGUGUCUGAGCUCUGUGACGACAAGGUGCACCCUGUGGAGACGUCAGAGAAGGCCGGUGUUGAAGCGGCAGGGUCUGAGCUCUCAGAAACAGAGAGCACUUCAUGUGGAGGCGAGGGGCAGCUUGCAGCAGCAGCAGCAGCAGGAGGAGGAGGAGCAGCUUCAACAGCAAAGCCUGCUUCUGGAGACUGCAGUGACUUUGUGUUUGCGGGCGAUGGAGCCACUAGGGAGGGCAUUGACUCCAUGGGAGCUUCCUGCCCCAUGGACCCAGGAAAUGAGGCGGUGGAGGAGUGUGGGAAGAGGCUAAGUGAGUCUUUAUGGGCCUCUGAAGACCUCAGCCACGGGUCGGAGAUAAGACGGGACGACAUGGCGAGCCCUGCAGCCGUGGACUCUCAAAGGGCGAUCAGCCUGGAUGCCUCCGAGUGCCUGAGUGAAACCAGCAAUCUGCCCGGGAUGUCUUUGAUUCGGAGCGCUGCUUUGGAAGACCUGACGUCCAUUGGGGACAAAGAGUUGUUGGUCAAUCAAGGAGAGACAGACAGCUCUGAAAAAGAUGAAGCCCUUUUAACGUUCGAAAGCAUGCCAGCAGAAACACAACAAGUUCAAAGUCUGUCACACUCUGACUCUCCUUCAGAAGAUCUUAAUGGCAGCAGGAACAUUUCCGACACGGACAGCCUUUUAACCAAAAUGCCAUCCGAUACGGCGACUGAAAACAGCAGCAGUGACUCAUGGUUACACAGAGCCGGCUAUUCAAAGCCUGGCAUUUCUAAUGACUCAGACAUAAUGAGCAUGAGUGCGGCUCUGACCACUGGUACCGCUGAGCUCCGCCAAACUCCCCCCCAAAGCUCUCUGGGCAGAAAGUCUAUGGUGCCGGUCCCUAUCUUCAAAGCUCAAGCAAAGAUCGAUAACGCCUCUGCAGAUAAGACCCCAACUGCUAUCAAACCAACCUCUUCCCCUAAAAGACCAUCCCCAGUCACCGGGGGCAACAAAACAAACUCUCCCUCCGGAAACGGCCCCAGCUCCAUCCCCAUUAAAAGCAGCAGCCCGGGGCCCCGGCAGCCCGGAGGUCCCGGUCUUGCAAAGUCUCAAACCCAGGGAGUGAAAUCAGCAGCUCAAGCAGCUAGUGCCAAGAAACCUCCCACUCCAAAAAAUCAAAAAGAUGGGAGUGGCCAUAGCAGCCCCGGCACUAAAUCUCCCUCCAGCCAACUCUCUGCGAAGGCUGCGGCGGAGGCCAACAAAGUGAAGAAAGUGGCGGUGGUGCGUUCUACGCCCAAAUCCCCGGGCUCGCUGAAGAGCCGCCCCCCCGUCCCUCUGGCUGCAGCAGCUCCAAUGCCCGACCUGAAGAAUGUCAGGUCCAAGGUCGGCUCCACAGACAACCUGAAGCACCAGCCUGGGGGGGGGAAGGUACAAAUCCUUGAACAGAAGUUGGAUUUUAGUAGUGUCCAGUCUAAGUGUGGCUCCAAAGGCAAUAUGAAACAUGUACCCGGUGGCGGCAAUGUCCAAAUCCUUGACAAGAAGCUGGAGUUACCUAAUGUUUCAUCUCGUUGUGGAUCUAAGGACAACAUAAAGCACACCCCUGGAGGAGGCAAGGUUCAAAUUGUUGAAAAGAAGCUGGAUUUAAGCAGUGUGCAGUCCCGGUGCGGCUCCAAAGAUAAUAUGAAACAUGUAGCGGGUGGAGGCAAUGUUCAAAUUGUUGAAAAGAAGCUGGACUUAAGCAGUGUGCAGUCCCGGUGCGGCUCCAAAGAUAAUAUAAAACAUGUAGCGGGUGGAGGCAAUGUUCAGAUUGUGCACAAAAAGGUCGAUCUGACCAACGUUCAGGCCAAAUGUGGAUCUAAAUCCAACCUCCACCAUAAGCCAGGUGGUGGGAAUAUCGAGAUCAAAAAUGAGAAGGUGGAGUUCAAAGGUCAGUCUAAGGUCGGCUCUCUGGGAAACAUCGGCCACGUCCCUGGAGGGGGGCAGAGGAGGAUUGAGAGCCACAAGCUGAGUUUCCGUGAGUCCGCCAAGGCGCGCACGGACCACGGCGCAGAGAUCGUCUCCCUGGAGGACUCCCCCCACCCCCUCAGCACCGUGUCCUCCUCCGGCAGCCUCAACAUUGCCGACUCCCCGCAGCUCUCCACGCUGGCCGACCAGGUGUCUGCCUCCCUGGCCAAACAGGGCUUGUGAACGACCCCCCCCCCCAAACCUCCACCUGGCUCCACUCAACCACACGACCACGUAGGAGUUGUGAUGCCUCCCUCGUUAUUUUCACAGGACUUUUUUAGCUACCCAUCACUGUUUAUCCUUCACUAAACUGGCAUUACGUAGAGAGAGAAAAAUGAUUAACAAGUAUUUGUUUAAUUUCUCUCUGUGGUCUCUUCAUUUGCUAUUUUUACCUUUUGUAAGUCUCCCUUUUAAGAGUUUAAGCACCCCAGCAGAGCAAGAUUGGCCCUGUGAAUCCACAGAUCUUCAUACAUAUCCUGGUAAUCAUUUAACACUUGGUUUCCUGUCCCAUCGACUGUGGCCCUUUAGAGAGGUCUGUAUCUAACGUGUCCCCUUUCCUUUCCUGCUGGGGUCCGGGUUGUGCUAACGCAGAAGGAGCAGCUAACAGGGUACGGUGAGGGGUGUCGGAGGAAAACUGCUCAAAAGAAAAGUAGCAAAUUAAUUGUGCAAGGCAGAGAAAAUGCUUUCAGACCUCAGUGCUGUAUUUUGCUUGGUGUAGUCCCGACAUGACGGGGGUGUAACCUGGAUAAAAAAAAAGAAAAGAAAAAACAGAACUGCUAGCGUAGAAACUUUGGUUUGUGUUGGGCACAGUUUUAUAAUCGUUCUCUGUGGAUAUAUGACAUGUAUUUGAUAUGAAGAAACAUUUGUAUCGUGCCUGCUACUGUCAGUGUUAUUUUAUUUGUUGUUACUGCUCUAUUGUAAAUGCGCUUAAGAAGAUAAAUUAACCCUAAGGCAUUUUAAACUGUCAUGGCCAAAUUAUUAAGAGGAAUAGAGACUCGAAGCUAGUCAUUGAUAACAGUAUUUAAACUGCUUUAUGCACAUUUAAUCUAGGUAAAAUAAUCAUCACAAUUACUGGAAUUUAUUCUUAAAGCGAGACAACGCAACUUCUGAUAAAAUGAUGCUAAGCUAACAGUGUUAAAGUAAAGAAGCUAGUUGUACAUUUGACUUUUAAGAUGGUGUUAGCUCCUCUCUUAAACGUUACAUAAUCUCACUUUAAAGGUGGAAAAAAGUAGUACAUUUGUUCUCAACCAUAAUGAUUAGCAGGUUGGUGGAUGAUGAUGAUGAUGAUGAUGAUGGCUAAAGAUAGGUUGACUGGGCCAAGUUAAGUUGAGGGAAAGCUGUACAGCAGUUGAUGUUUGUCUCUGGACGGUUCUACAUCACGCCAAGUUAGCUGGUUGCUUUUACCUUCCCUAAUAAAAUACUAGAGAUCACGGCUAAGAAAAGCUACUCGGCCAAAAGUAUGUGGACACCCGAAUUCUCGGCCUAUCUCACGAAAUUAGGAGCGGCAAUGUGUCUGUAAUACUUCUGACUAACAUACUUGGCUUCUUCAGCUAAUUCCCAAGUUUAAAAGCAAAGAUUACAGGUAAUCGCUUUCAUGACCACCUCAAUAUUAUCUUGAUCCACAGAUUCAAAGAGUAAUGAGUAUUUAGUGUUUUGUAAAGAUGCAACCAGCCGUUUUCCUCAAUUUGUAAUGAGAUCCUUAACAAUAUAACAGUCCGUUCAUGUGCUCAAACACGUCCUAAUGUUGACCGAUAGCCCCAGUGACUCAUCACUAUUAAGCGCAUUAAUGAAAACUAGUGAAACAACUUCUUGCAUGCACCUCAUGUAGGAGUCUGCCUGUUGCCCCCCUUUCACAAAGUGGUCUCUUUUUACUUCCUGUUUAAUGAACACUUCCUGGAUAUGGAAAGACAUGAUGUAGAAAAGAAGGUGGUUAUAGAGUCCAAAACACUCCCAACUGCGUGUAUUUAACAUGUUGCCGACAUAGAUUUAAAGGUGCUUUAUCUCUAUGAUCGCAAAGAUAGGACUUAAGAGUGCUUGCACCUUUAUCUGCAUGCUGAGUUCUUUAGACCACAUCAUGUGGGUGUGCAGGGUGAGAGGAGGAGGAGGAGAGGUAAUGUGCUUCGGUGGGUCGGUUUUCUGCAGUAACAAAAUCACCCUUUUUUUCGUUUGGUUGCUUCUGACGCUGUACAGUUGUGGAAAUGUGAUUGUUCUCGUUAUUGUGCAUUUGAUCAAUAACUGGUUUAUGAUGAUUCUUGUUGCUGUAUAUGUGUAUUUGAAAAUAAAUGCUAUGAAGUCACCGUC